AUGCUGCAGAUCUGGCUCUCUCUUCUGUCCGGCCUGUGCCUUCGCCUGGUUUUCCUUUGCAGUGCCGAGGAAGGUCUCGAGUUCCCCAAUUUUGACGGGAAGGACAGAGUGCUGGACAUCAACGAGCGCAACUACAAGAAGGCUCUGAAGAGAUACGACCUGCUGUGUCUGUUCUACCAUGAGCCUCUUCCAGCCAACAAGGGCCUGCAGAAGCGGUUCCAGAUGACAGAGCUGGUGCUGGAGCUAACAGCUCAAGUCCUGGAGGACAAAGACAUCGGUUUUGGAAUGGUGGAUUCCCAGAAGGAUUCCAAAGUAGCCAAAAAACUGGGUCUGGAGGAGGUGGGCAGCUUGUACGUCUUCAAAGAUGACCGCGUCAUUGAGUUUGAUGGGGAGCUCUCAGCUGACACGCUGGUGGAGUUCCUGUUGGAUGUGCUGGAGGACCCUGUAGAGAUGAUCAAUAACGCCAUGGAGAUACGAGCCUUCGAGAGGAUGGAGGAGGACAUCCGCCUCAUUGGCUACUUCAAAGGAGAGGAUUCAUACUUCAAAGCUUUUCAGGAGGCUUCGGAGCGGUUCCAACCUUACAUCAAGUUUUUUGCUACAUUUGAUAAAUCUGUAGCCAAACAUCUCUCCCUCAAGAUGAACGAGGUCAAUUUCUACGAGCCGUUCAUGGAGGAACCGGCCAUCCUGCCUGGUCGACCUCUGUCAGAGAUGGAUAUUGUAGAAUUUGUCACCCAACAUCGAAGGGCUACUUUGAGGAAGCUCCGGGCUGAGAAUAUGUUUGAGACAUGGGAGGAUGAUAUGGACGGAAUACAUAUUGUUGCAUUUGCUGAGGAAGAAGAUCCAGAUGGCUACGAGUUCCUGGAGAUCCUCAAAGACGUGGCCCGAGACAACACCAACAACCCAGAGCUCAGCAUCGUCUGGAUUGAUCCUGAUGACUUCCCUCUGCUGACCACCUACUGGGAAAAAACCUUCAAGUUGGACCUGUUCAGACCCCAGAUCGGUGUGGUCAACGUCACAGAUGCCGACAGUGUUUGGCUGGACAUGUCCAACGAUGAGGACCUUCCCACCGCCGAGGAGCUGGAGGACUGGAUCGAGGACGUCCUGUCAGGGAGGGUGAACACCGAGGAUGACGAUGAGUUCGCUGACGACCAGGACAACCCUGACAGCUACAUCACGGAGGACAGCGACGAAAGCCGUGACCCAGACGAGGAAGAUGACGGUGACGACUAAACUCAUCGUUAUCCUCACGGCUCAGAUGUGGGUCACUGAAGCAGAAUCAGAGUACUGACAAAGUAAAACAAAAUGUCUGUUUUUCAAAAUUUCCAAAUGCUACAAGGUAGUUUUAACAGAUAGAACAGAAAUGAUUAAAGGUCAUCAUGGGAAUAUUUUUGGCCCAGUUUAUCAUAAAGUUAGCGCAGUGCCUGAAGCUGUAAUUCUCCUGUACAUACCAAGGAUCAGAAUAUCAUUUAAUUUUUGGCCACUUGGGAGCAGCACAGCAGACUGCAAACAGUGUCUUACUAUCACCUGUCAAAUAACAUGUUCACAUUUACACAUCCAGCAAGUAUAAAGCAGCAUUAGCGUUAAAUUUUCGGUUAUAAAGCCAACAUUUUUUGUUAUUUUAGUUCUGCUUUUCCUUUCAUGAACUCCUCAGUAGCUCAUCUUGUUUCUCUGUUUGGUGCUAGGCUGGUAGCGUAUGGUGGGUUUUCAGAUGUCACAGAAAACACUGCUGGUUAGAACGUUGAGGGUGACCCCAAACAUUAAAGCUGCAGGCCCGACAACCAAAACAACAAGCUGAAAGAUGCUCAGACAUUCCAUAAAGUUGAGGAGGGCUAUGGACGAUUUUUUUUUGUUGUUUUAUCACAAUUACAGACCCCGAUCUCUUCUGACAUAACACACUCGACUUAUAAUUAUUUAUUAUAGCAGCUUUAAAGUUGAUAUGAGCAAUAGGAUACUUAGGUGGACUUCUUUUGGUGUUUGUACAGGUGAAAAUAAAUGAUGAAUGCUAGUGCUUGAUUUGUUUUCUUGUUGUCCAUUCAAGGAAAAAUGAGAUUAUUCUGUUUAUAUGUUAGUAAACCCCCACUUCCAACCCUGCAUACCUGGUCCCAAUGAAUACUGCCAUCAUGUAAAACUGUUAAUAAAAGCUCAUAAUGACUA